AGCUGGCUGCCUUUGGGGAGGAUGGCCAACAGAGUGUUUAUCUCCCUCUGAAUUCUAGAACUUUCGCGCUCAGCUGCAGAAAAGAAGACAAAAGCUUUGUCCUGAAUCUGCCACCCCGUCCUCCCGACAGUGUUGAGGAGAGAGACAGGAUUGUCACAGCUCUGUCCACACUGGAAAAAAUGAGAGUUGGCAGCAAGAAGGUCCCUUGCACUGAGUGGCUCUCUCCUUCCUUCCUUCCUUCCUUUGUUCCAUUAAGUAGACAAGGCUAAGGAUAGCCUUGAACUCCUGAUCCUCCUGCCUCCACUUCCCAAGUGCUGGAUUUCCUCACCAAGAGCAUGAGGUGCUGCGGAUGACAUCCAGGGCUUUGUGUACACUUGGCAAGCACUCAAGGACUGAGCCACGACCCCAGCCUCCGUGGGACUCUCUGUAGAGCCUACAGAAGCAGAUCCUAAAGAGGAGUGUCCAGCAAGGUGACCCAGGCUAGGUGGGAUCCCAGAGUCUCGACAUUCGCCGUCCGUGUAGACAAAGGAGGAGCUGAAUCGGCUCCCGAACUCCAUGAAUCAACACACCCCUCUCGCCUGGUCGCCACGGCUGCUGCUACCGGGCCUGCUGCUGCUGCUCCUGCCGGACUGCGCGAAAGCUGCUUCCGGUGUAGCCGUGCAGGUGCUCACUAAUGUGACUGGCAUCUUGAAUGAGUCUACCACCUUGGUAUGUAAUCUGAUGUCUACUGAGAAUGUGACAGUCACCCAAGUAACCUGGAUGAAGAAGAAGCCAGAUGGCUCCCGCUCUACCGUGGCUGUCUUCCACCCCAUCAAGGGACCCAACAUCCCAUACUCAGAAAGGGUGACGUUCUGGGCCACCAAGCUGGACAGGAAUCCUUGGAAUGCAUCUCUGGCGAUUUCCCACGUGCAAGCCGAAGAUGAAGGCAGCUAUGAAUGUCAAUUUGCCACAUUUCCCACAGGCAGCAAGAGCAACAGUGUCCAUCUGCGGGUGCUUGCCCGACCUACAAACACUGCAGAGGCCCUGACGCCUUCUCCUACCUGGAAGCUUCAGGACUUAGCUAAGUGCACCUCCACUGGCGGUCGCCCUCCGCCGCAAAUUUCCUGGCUCUCGGACCUAAAAGGAACCGAAACCCCCGAAAUCCGUGAAACUACGGAGCUAGGGCCCCAGCCAGGCACCUUCACAGUCACCAGCUUCUUUUCCGCGAUGCCCUCGAGACGUGCCGAUGGCAAGAACAUCACCUGCAGCGUGAAGCAUGAAAGCGCCCCAGAGCCGGAGCUGCUACAUGUGACCCUUUCUGUGCCCCUUUCUGUGCCCUAUCCACCUGAAGUGUCCAUCUCUGGCUAUGACGAAGCAUGGCCUGAGGGUCUUACUGAUGUGGCCCUGACCUGUGAUGCUCGAAGCAAACCAGAGCCCACUGACUAUGAAUGGAGCACGACUACGGGUCCUCUGCCCAACAACACUGAGGCCCAGGGCAAUAGGCUCCUAAUCCACAAGGUGAACAAGACCACUAUCAAUAACGUGACCUUCGUCUGCAAUGUCACCAAUGCCCUAGGUUCCGGGCAGAACCAAGUAACCGUCCACGUUAAAGAGCCUAUGUCGUCAGGCCUAAGCACGGCUGCCAUCAUCGGCAUCAGCAUUGGCAUCAGCAUUGUCAUCUUAGUAGGACUCUGGUGUUAUUUUCGAUCUCGGCGGUCCAGGUCCAAUUCCAAGUCCAAUUCCAGGCCCUCAGCAGAGGCGGCGUAUUCACCUGUGAACAACAACAUCAACUCUACCCAGGACAUAGAGAUGAACAGCAUUAAUUCCCAUGACCAAAGAACUUGAAGCUUCAACAACUGGAACCCCACAGACAGAUGAAGAAGCCUCCAGAGAGACUGACUGCCCAGUGUGGUGAUCGCCAAAUGUUCAGGGGUCUCCCAGGACCUUAGUAAAUUCCACAUUGUCAGAAAGCACUCAUGGAGCCCAGUGUGGUGGCCCACACCGUCAUUCCAGCAGGAGGACAAAUGCAAGCUUGAGUCUAGCCUGGGCUACAGAGCGAAGCCCGUGUAUACACAGACAAGCAAAUAGGCUUGAGGGAUUGAGAAACUGGGACAAAAGCCGAAGUCUUUCCGUGGGUAAGAUAAAUCCUCUACCUCAUGUUGGACCGUGUAGAAUGGUCAAGGAGCUGAAAGACUUCGGCCACUGAAAUUCAACACCAGGAUCUCUUUAGCGAUUGAGUCAUUCAGGGCUCUCCACUCUCUUGCCAAGGUCUCACUGUUUAGCCAAGGCUAGGCUCAAACUCACAGAGAUCCGUCUGCCUCUACCUCCCAAAUGCUGGGGUUAAAGACGUGAGGCACCACACCCUUCUCAGUCUCCCUUUUGAUAAAGUGAAGAAGAUAUAUUUAUUUUUAAAAGCUAUAUAGUUUUGUAUGUAUUUUUGAGACAGAGUUUUAUAUAGCCCAGGCUAGCCUCAAGCUUACUAUGUAAGCAAGAAUGAUCUUACUAAUUUAUUCUAACUUAUUUGUUUUCAAGCGUAAACAUGCCCCACCCCCACCCCCUCCCCUCUCAAUCCGUUAGUCUCCUUGAUUCUCCCGGGACAUCAUUCUGAUUUAUGUUUUAAUUGCAGACAUUGUUUUAUUUAACCAUAUAAAAAUCUGUGAACAACAAAUGAAAGAAAAUGUAUUUGUCUUUCUGAAUCUAACUCAAUUUAUUUAAUAUGAUUCUCUCCACUUGUAUCCAUUUUCCUGCAAAUGAUGGAACCUUGUUUUCCCUUGUGGCUGAAAAAUCCCCGGUGUGUGUACCACCUUUUCUUACCCACUCCUCUGUGGGCGCACACCCAGGACGGUUCCGUGUCUGAGUUAUUGUGCGCAGGCUGCAGUAAACACCAGCAUGCAAGUGUCUCUGUGAUCUAGCGACCUGGAAUUUUGCAGACAAAUCCCCAGGUAUGGCAUAGCCAGGUCAUGUGGGCUAUGGAUUCCAGCUUUGGAGGAAGUUGUGUGCUGACUCCCACCAUGUAGGGACAAGUCUGCAUCCACACAGUGGUGUGUAAAGGUUCCUUUGUCUGCGUCCUUGACAGUGUUUGUUUUCUGAUUGGGAUGGGAUAGAAUCUGUGUGUGUGUGUGUGUGUGUGUGUGUGUGUGCCUGGCCCUUCAAUAUACUUUUAACCUGCAUUUUCCUGGGAGCUAAUGAGGUCAGAUAUGGUGGUAGUUUGAAUGAAAAUUGCCCCUGAAGGCUCACAGGGCUUGGCACUGUUAGGAAAUGUGAACCUGUUGGUGUUGUGGAAUAUUAUUUUAAGAUGUGUAUGUUUGCCGGGCGAUGGUGGCGCACGCCUUUAAUCCCAGCACUCGGGAGGCAGAGGCAGGCGGAUCUCUGUGAGUUCGAGACCAGCC